AUGAGUCGGACGCCUGUCGUAUACAUUAUAAAGAGGCAGUGGCAGUACGAGGAACGUCGGCGCGCCCAGAAGCGCGAGGGUGCGCGUCGCCAUCGUGCCAGGGCCACCGACCACGAUCGGGAACUGGCCACCGGCACAGUGAGCCCGCGGCACUGCGUGCGCAACAGCCCCGACGGGUUCCGGCGGCGGGCCGGGCCUGGUGGCGCAGGCGCCGGCGCACGGCCCCGCCACGGGCCAGGACACGGGCCUCCCGGGCCGGGGGGACCUCCACACGGACCCCCACACGGGCCCCCGCACGGGCCGGCGCACAGCCCCGCGCAUGGGCCCCCUCCGCCGCCGCCCCCACACGGACCCCCUCCUCCUCCGCCGCACGGGCCCCCUCCGCCACACGGGGGGCCGGGCGGCAUGGAACCCGACGGCAGCUGGAAGGGGCCUGCGCCCCCGCCCCACCACCACCCGGCGCUCAUGGGCCACGGGCCCGGGGCCAUGCACCACGGGCCGCCCCCGCACCAUGGUCCCCCUCCGCCACAUCCGGAGGGCCCCCGCACCCCAUGGCGGGACCUCCGCCGCACACCAUGCCCGAUGGACGACCCCUCGACCCCGG